AGACGGUGAGAAGGGGAGUCAGGGAAAGUGAUGGAGGGAGAGAGAGGAGGGGAGGUAAACAGGGAGACAAGUAGAGACAGAGGAAUAGAGGGAAACAGACAAGGGGGAGAGGAGGGUGAAGGAAAGAAUGGGAGAGAGAGAGAGAGAGAGAGAGAGAGAGAGAGAAGUGGUUGAGAGACAUUGACACAUCACAGCUCCACAUUCCUGAACAUUUCUACUCAGCGGCUGUAAUCUAGUCGCCAUAGCAACUGGGACAGGUCUGCCUGUUCUGUGGAACAGAAGUAAAACACAAAGUUAAUCUGGAUUACAAUUUCUUUGGGAUUCAGGAAAGUACUCUAAUGCACAGAUUGUUAUUCUGUGUUUCAUGAACUUCACAGGUCAGACCAACAUGAACAGACGAAGACGACCACGGGACACACGCAAAAACAAGAAACAACCAAAACCAAAAACACAAAACAGCAAAAGAGACAUUUAAACACAUACGAUAUAACACAGAGAGACGAGGUCAACAGCAAAAUACGACAGCAGAGGAAACUCACAAACUACAUUACAUUUACAUUGAUAUAAAACCAGAUAAAACUGGUCACAAAGAGAAAUAAAAACAUCAAAAAGUACAAAUCCAGAAUAAUGACUGACAAUGUUGUUUUUGUAAAAGUCAGUGAAGAAGAGUAAGAAUAACAGAGAGAAACAUACUGUUUGUUUUAAGGUCACAGUGAUAAAACACAUGAAGGCCGAGGAGGAGACACACACACACACACACACACAGACCUCAGACCUCUCCAAGGUUCCUCCCUCAGAUAAAAACCACUGCCUCCUCUCUGCUCCUUUUUCACCUCACUCUGGUCUGCUCUCUUUGUCAUGUUCACUCAUCUCCUCUCCUGUCUCCUUCUCUCCUCCUCCUCCUCUCCUUUCUUCCUCAUUCUCCUCUCCCUCGUCCUGCUGGUCAUCUUAUACCUAUUCGGCCGUGGCUCCUUCUCCUCCUCCUCCUCCUCACCUCUACCAAACACUGCAGGAGGUUCCAUCCCGUGCUUGCCACGGCUGCCUCUCCUCGGCAGCCUCCCGUGGCUGAGCCAGCACCUCCCACCGCACCUCCUCUUCUGCAAACUCUCUCACAGAUACGGUUCUCUGUUUGGGUUCUACCUGGGUCCUUACUACACCCUGGUGGUCAACAACCAUCAUCACGCCCGAGAAGUUCUACUGCAGAGAGGAAGAGACUUUGCUGGACGACCCAGGAUGGUGACGACUGAUCUUCUGACCAGAGGAGGUAAAGACAUCGCCUUCUCGGAUUAUUCUUCUCUGUGGAAACUUCACCGACGUCUGGUCCAUAACUCCUUCACUCUGUUCGGAGAAGGGAGCAGUCGACUGCAGGACAUUGUUCUGUCCUCUGUGGACGGUUUGUGUGCUGAGCUAUUGUCCAGCACAGGGAGUGCUUUUGACCCCGCUCCCGCGAUCACCAGGGCUAUUACUAAUGUGGUGUGCAAGCUGGUGUUUAGCGCCACCUACGAGCCUGGUGACGCCGAGCUGCAGGAGGUGAUCCACUACAAUGACGGCAUUGUGCAGACCAUCGCCAGAGGAGGUCUGGUGGACAUCUACCCCUGGAUGAAGGUCUUUCCAAACAAGUCACUGACCAAACUGAAGGACUGCAUCUACAUCAGAGACAGACUGCUGACUCGCAAACUUGAGGAGCACAAGGCAUCACUAAGUGAUGGUGACCCCCGUGACCUUCUGGAUGCCUUGCUGAAGGGUCAAACAGCAAGGUCAACAGGUUCACAGGAUGAGCAGAUAUCAGAUGACCACGUUCUGAUGACCGCAGCCGAGGCAUUUGGAGCCGGAGUGGAGACCACGUCAACCACACUGCUAUGGAUUCUGGCCUAUCUGCUGCACCAUCCGGAGGUGAAAAUGUGCAGUGUGCAGCAGGAACUGGACGAACAGGUGGGCAGUGAACGGGCAGUGAACAUGUCCGACCGUGGGCGUCUGCCGUACCUGGACUGUGUCAUCAAUGAGGGCAUGAGGAUCCGUCCAGUCAGCCCAGUCCUGAUCCCACAUAUGGCCAUGACCAACAGCAGUAUUGGAGGUCACUCUAUCCCACGUGGGACCCGCGUUUUGGUGAACAUGUGGUCAAUUCAUCAUGACCCACAUCACUGGGACAAACCAGACCUUUUCACCCCAGAGCGUUUCCUGGACGCCAACGGCCAGCGAGCCACGCCCUCCUGCUUCCUGCCCUUUGGGGCGGGGCCUCGAGUCUGUGUUGGUGAAUCUUUGGCCAGACUAGAGCUCUUCCUCUUCCUGUCAUCACUGCUGCAGCGAAUCAGCUUUAAACUGCCUGAUGGGGCUUCCCCACCCAACCUCCAGGGGCGGCUGGGAGUGGUACUGCAGCCGUUACCCUAUAAGGUCACCGUUAGUCCACGACUGGGCUGGGAGGGCGGGGCAAAGUAGAUUAGUUGCAUUUUGUUCCAGCAAAGUUUCCAGCAUUAAGUUAGAAAAUAAUUUUUACCUCAAGUAUACAUUCUGCAAUUAUGUAGUAGUAUAAAGAGCUAAUUAGUAGUGCUGAUAAUUAACUGAAGCAAUUAGGCAAAUUCUUCCGAAUAAAUCACUCAUUAAAAUGAACAAUUCUGCUAAUGAAUAAUUUAACAAAAUAUAGUCAAAUAUAAACAAAUAUGAAGCAAAGUGAAUGUUAGCUCACAACUGUUGAGGACUUUGUAGACUCACUCUAAUCAGAUGAAGGGUUGAGACUAAUUAGCAUUAGCAGCAUGAAGGCUAACUCAAAGAAGUCAUGUACAAAUUUAAUAUAGACCAUUUUGGUUUUUUGAAGCUAUUUCAGGUUAAAUUCACAGACCAGUGUAUUAGUAAAUAGACGUGAAUCCAAUUCAACACUUUUUUGAGCUUUAAAAUAAAUCUGAUGACGAUGAUGUUUUGUUUGUUUUACUUUGGACAAAGAAAGACUGACAUGACUUGACAGAUUUUAUUCAGUAUACCUUCACACACUGUUAGAACAGGCUGGUUUAGUUAGGUCUCACGCGCACACACACACACACACACAUACAUACACACACACGCAGACGUGCUUCCACACAGAGCCAAACACAUGAAUAAUUAGAUAAUACUAAUAAUUAUCAUCAAUAUAUCAUAGGAUUUUUAAAAGUCAAUUUCUUCUCUGUCGCCUCUCUGACUGUGACAGGAAGGACCACAGAGAAGAGACCAGACGAAAAUCAUUUUCAAAACGUGGCAAUGUUGUCAAACACCACAGGUGGAGCUGUUUCUGAACUACCUGUUGACAAAUGAGCCAAAAUAAGGCAAUAAUACAGAGUUCUCUACAGUUUGACUGGAUUCAUGUCAGAAGAAAAUGAUCUCUUCUUCUCACCAACUGUGGCUAAAGUCUCAGCUUCAUAACCAACGCCAGCAUUUCCAAAUGUAUCCACAUCUGAGUCCAAACCUGCCCUGUCCUUAUGAAUCCAGUCAAAGCAAACCUCUGUUCAAAGACUGUUUGUACAAAGUUGUGAUGAACAACCAAAAAA